CCACGCUUGUGGCAGACUGGCUGUUGCGGGUGCUACAGUCGCCAUGGGUGGCUCCGAGUCCGGCCUUGUUUCCCUGCCCCGGCCCGGCUGGUUCCUCUUCUCCGCCCUGGCCCUCGCGGCUGUCCUCGGGGUCGCCUCGGCCUGGCGUCGGCGGCGCGCUCUGCGAGGUCUGGUGCGGGUGGGGACGGUGUCGGGGCUCUUCAUCUACCCGGUCAAAUCCUGCCGUGGACUGGCCCUGAAGCGGGCCGAAAUGACCCAGUUGGGGCUCCGGUGCGGAGACAUGCGCGACAGGUAUUGGCUUGUAAUAAAGGAAGAUGGACAUAAAGUGACUGCUCGGGAAGAGCCUCGGCUAGUGUUAAUUUCUCUGACUAGUGAAAAUGGCUAUCUAAUUUUAAGUGCUCCAGAAAUGGAAGAUCUUCAUAUUCCUGUUGAGUUAUCCCCAAAAAAUCUGGUGCAUAAUUGCAGACUGUUUGGCUCUGAUGUCCAAGGCAGAGACUGUGGUGAAGAGGCAGCUCAGUGGAUCACAGCCUUUCUGAAUUCACAUCCAUACCGCCUUGUUCAUUUUGAAGCAAGCAUGGUUCCAAGGAAUGCAAAAGAUAUUAUGGAGCCUUUUCGGCCCAGUGAUAAGAUUGCCUAUCCUGACUGUAGUCCAGUUAUGGUACUCUCUGAAGCAUCAGUGGAAGAGCUAAAUUCCCGGCUGGAGAAGAAAGUUCAAAUACGUAACUUCAGGCCAAAUAUUUUGGUCACUGGCUGUGGUCCACAUGAAGAGGAUACCUGGAAUGAAAUUGUAGUUGGAAGUGUAGAAAUGAAAGGCAUAAUGGCCUGCCCACGGUGUAUUUUUACAACUGUUGAUCCAGAUACUGGGAUCAUGGAUAGAAAAGAGCCUCUUGACACCUUGAAAAGCUACCGCAUGUGUGAUCCCUCUGAACAGCUUAUAUACAAAUCGCACCCACUCUUUGGGUGGUACUUUGGAAUUGCUAAAACAGGAACACUUCAAGUUGGAGACCCAGUGUACAAGAUAAAAGGGUGAUACAGAUGCAACCUGAAUGGAAACUAUUCUUUUGUAUCUUUAAGUGCCUUUUUGUGAUUAAUUAUGUAGCACUCUCUUUUGUCAUGUGUAUUUCCUAUAUUGCAUUUAGAAAAAUAAGUGUAAUACUUUAUUGUGAAAUAUUGGUAUACAUAACUUUCUAGAAAGGCUUGGGGGUUUGAAAUAAGCAGACCUUUGGUAUAUUGUGCAUCCAUGAGUAAAUCUGAACCUUUUAGAAUUCAAUUUUUUUAAUCAUUGCAAAUAGAUUAAUGGAAGUCUACUAGGUGGUUGGAGAAAAAAAAAGACACAUCACUGCUGAACUACUUUUCAUCUUUGUUUUUGCACAUCCUGGUUCUAAACAUAGUUAAUGGAUUAAGCCUCACGGAUUCCAAGUGGACGUGGUUCAUAUAAUUUGCAUUUAUCCAAUCAUGUAGUUCCAAGUAACAGCACUUAAAUCUUUGGAAGAGAGGGGAUAGUGAUUUCCACCAGUUCUCCUCUGUCACUGCAACUCCUACUUUGCCCCACUGCUAUUCCUGAAGCUCAUCUGACCCCCACCCCCACACCAGGAACAAAAUUUCAGAGGGUUUAAGGGAUUGCAGCAAGAGGAGAAGUAGGGAAAUGCCCAGACUGCAAAGUACAUAGAUGGUUGGAUACAACACAGUGCCUUUAAGUUUUGUAGGUCAGAGAGAAAAAGGUAACCUGCCUUUAAUAUUUUUAUUCCACUGCAAUAUCAUUCACAUUAUAUUUGCUUCUCUUAUGUCUCUCGCUAGAUUAUUAGUUUAACAAAAACAGGUGAAACUGUCCUUAACUUUUAAGGGAUCAUUUGUACUUUGUUGGAUUAAACUUGGCCUGAAUUCUACCAUGUGGCAGUUGAGGAAAAUUUUGGAUGUACAGAACAUUGACUGAAGUGUAACCAAUCCAUUAUAUGUAUUCUACCUCAGGCAAUAUUGUUUGAAUAUACUUUUAUACAAAUGUG